AUGACUGUUACUAGAUUAGAAGAUCUACCAAAUGAAUUGUGGUUAGAACUUUUCGUCUAUUUCACAUGGUCGGAACUAAAUUCAACUUGGUUUCAAUGGAAACUUAAUAAUCGUAUUCAAAUGUUAGCUGAAGUAGCGCGGAAUCGAGUUGCUUUGUCACUUUCGUCGAUAUCAUUUACAACGUACGGUCAAUGUUUGCAUUGUUUCGAACAUGAACAUCCAAUGAUCGCUUAUCGUAUAACUUCUCUUUUGCUCAAUGAAUCAGCUGUAUCAAAUGAAAUUAUUAAUCGAUGGCUUGAAAAUGAUACAUCUUUUCUUCCACGUAUUCGACAAUGUACAGUCUAUAUAGAUCUUGUUAAUAGAUCUGUUCGCACAAAUGUUAUUCUCCUUAUUCGUCGACAUGCAUCGAUAUUACGUCGUAUUGUAUUUUAUUUCGAUCGAGUCGAUAGAUAUUAUUCUAUACUGAAAAUGCUCAUCGAACAAGGCAUUUCUCUGCAUACAAUGCAAUUUAUCAUUAUUAGAGAUAACAGAUAUUAUGAAUGGGGAAGUUCUUUAGCGGAAUGUGCCACUUAUUCUCAUCAAAUCUUUACAUUUCCGAACACUGUUCGUUUGCGUCUCUCGUUACAACAUAUAUCUGAUUUAGCAUUAUUGAUGCAAUGUGAUACUUUACCGCGCAUAGAACAUCUUCAUAUUACAAUGGAAAAUGGAAUAUAUACUUCACAUAAAUUACACAAUGAAUAUGAAGAUACAUCUUGUCUUACAUUAUGUCCCAACGAUUUCAAUAUAAAUCGAGCUAGUCUAACACAUUUACGUACAUUACAAUUGAGACAAGUAGCCAUUACUAAUGUUAUUGUAUUGAUACAACAUGUGAAAUCAAUGAGUCAAGUUGAAUCAUUAAUUUUGAUGAACUGUAAUGUUAAAGAUAAGAAUGAACUUAUUGUAUUUAAAAGCUGCAUUACAAAUUUUAUGAUUUGUCUGCGUUGUCUUCAUUUUGUACUUUAUUUAUCUGCUGAAAUAAAGCUUGAGAACAUUGAUCUUUACUGGUUUAAUUUAGGUCAUCAUACUGUUGCAUAUGAGAUAAAUGAAUUGAUGGUACUUUACACAGUUCCAUAUCUAUUAAAUAGUCAACGACAAGUAUAUAACCAUACGUUUGGACGACAAUCGACAAUCAAUAAUAAUAUAACUCAUAUUCAAUGGACAAUUGAUCGUGAUCCUUUAUCUAUCAAUACUACUCUUACUCAUUUUCAACAUGUUAAUUCACUUGUUUUAUUUUUUGAUAUUAAAGAAAUGAAUAUAAAUCUAGAUUCUUGGCAUGUAUUACUUCCAUUUUUACGUCAUCUGAAACUUAAUUUUGAUUCGAAUCCAAUCAAAUCUGAUAAAUCGUAUGAUCGAUCUGUAACACCGAAUCAUUAUCGUUGUUUUAUUCUCGAACAAUUUCGUCAAUGUGCUUCUGUACUUGAGUAUUUGACGCUAUACUGGUCGGACAUUCGACUUCUUCUUAAACAUUCUUCUUCACCUUGGCCAUUCGUUCGACAACUUAAUAUUCUUAUGGAGUCAUGUACAAACAUUCCAUCUGCAUCUUUGAUCAAACGAUUACCAACGAACAAAGCCUUUCCUCAACUACAAUAUCUUUCAUUUGGUGGUCGUCGUUUCUCACUCACCCCACCGAAACCACUCGCAACUCGGAUCCUCUUAUGUUUCGAUGCUCUCGUAUCUUCUUCAUCAAAAUUCAUUAUGUUACAUAUGAAUAGAUGUUGUGGUACUCAUCGAAGUGUACCUUUUACAUCUCGUGAUAUACUCCUGACGCUUCUUACAGAACGUGUUCGUUCGAGAAGUGAUCACUAUUCAUCAUCUAAAAUCGUUAUUGAUUCGAAUGAAGAGAUUAUCAUUUGGCUUUGA